AUGGCAUCCUAUCUUCAAUUAACAAGUCUUUACAGCGUUUUAGUUAACAUUCUACGGUUUGGCCACGGAAAGUCAAUUUCUGUAUUGCCUCCAAAUCGUCUGAUCAUAGGCGGAAAUGACGCAAAGCGAUAUACGUGGCCUUGGCAAGCUGGGAUUCUAAUAGCAGACGACUUUAUAUGUGGCGGCACGCUCAUAGAAUAUGAUGUCGUACUCACUGCUGCUCAUUGUCUGUUGGGGAGAAGUAUUGAUACAUACAAAGUGGUGCUUGGAGAGUAUGAUAGGUCAAUCGCUGAAGGUGCAGAACAGUUCAUAAAAGUUUCCAGAUUUGAAGUUCAUCCAGAAUUCAAAGGAAACUUUCUUGGUGGAUUUGAUGUGGCGUUAUUAUAUUUAGCAAGGAAUGCUAGUGACAGCCGAGACGUAAAGACCAUUAGGGUAGCAGAAAAGGGAGACCUGGAAACAUCAAAGAUGUCGAAAUAUAGGUGUUUCAUUACAGGGUGGGGUGUUAAAAGUGUGGAUCAAAAAGAAGAAUUACUGGCCAAUAAACUUCAAGAAGCAAAUAUUGAAGUCAUUAGCAACAAGAAAUGCAACUCAAAGCGCUAUUGGGAUGGACUUGUUAAGGAUACCAAUCUAUGCGCAUUUUACAAGAACACUGCAGCAUGCGAGGGUGACAGUGGAUCACCUUUGGUUUGUAAGUGUGGCGGAUCAUUUGUUUUGGUGGGUAUCACGUCUUGGGGGUCCAGCACGUGCAGGAAUUAUCCUACUGUAUUUACCGAUGUUGCCAAAGUCAGAUGCUGGAUUAAAGCGAUGGUCAAAUCGCUGAGAGAUACACAUUGUGCAGUGGAGAAGUAAAAUUGUUUCUCAAACAAGGAUUGGAACUUGACUUUUUAUAAAUAUCCUAAUCAGAU